GCGCCGCCUGAGCUGCGCGCGCCGGCGGACGAGAGAGCGACCGGCGAGGAGAGUGGCGGGCGCGUGCCCCUGCCUGGCGGGCUGCGCAGCCCGUGCCCGAGACCCGGACCUGAGCGCAGAGCGUACGAGUUCCGCCCCCGCCCGGGCCGGAGCAGGGCCGGCCUCGCCGAGUCGCAGCCGCUCUCCGCGCGCCCCCCGUGUGCCAGGCCCCGGGCGAGGCAGCCGACCGAGUGGACGAUGGGUGACGAGCUCGACGGUGAAGGCCGGGCGCGCGUGGGGGGCCCCGGCCAGGACGGCCCCAGCGCGCCGGGCAGCCCCGCAGCCCCGGGCCCCCAGCAGGGGGAGGAGCAGGCCACGGCGACCGGGGCCGCGGGACCGGGUGCUCAGCCGGGGCCCUACAGCUACAUCCGGGCUGGCCUGUUCACCUCGGAGAUCUUCAAGUUGGAGCUUCAGAACGUGCCGCGCCACGCCAGCUUUAGCGACGUCCGGCGCUUCCUGGGCCGCUUCGGGCUGCAGCCCCAUAAGACGAAGCUCUUCGGGCAGCCUCCCUGCGCCUUCGUGACCUUUCGCAGCGCCGCCGAGCGCGACAAAGCCCUGUGUGUGCUGCACGGCGCCCUGUGGAAGGGCCGGCCGCUCAGCGUGCGCCUGGCCAGGCCCAAGGCUGACCCCUUGGCCCGGAAGAGGCAACGGGAGGACCAGGGGGAGCCACCUGCCACCCCCGCCACGUGCAUCGCUGAUGUGGUGACCCCUCUUUGGACCAUGCCCUACGCGGAGCAGCUUGAACGGAAGCGGCUGGAGUGUGAGCAGGUGCUGCAGAAGCUCGCCAAGGAAAUCGGGAGCACCAACCGCGCCCUGCUCCCUUGGCUGCUCUUACAGAGGCACAAACACAAUAAGGCCUGCUGCCCACUGGAGGGGGUCCGGCCAUCACCUCAGCAGACUGAGUAUCGGAACAAAUGUGAGUUUCUGGUUGGUGUUGGGGUGGAUGGGGAAGACAACACGGUCGGCUGCCGGCUUGGCAAGUACAAGGGCGGGACGUGUGCUGUGGCAGCCCCCUUCGACACCGUGCAUAUCCCUGGGGCCACCAAGCAGGUGGUGAAGGCUUUCCAGGAGUUCAUCCGGUCCACUCCCUACUCGGCGUAUGACCCGGAGACAUACUCGGGUCACUGGAAGCAGCUGACCGUGCGCAUCAGCCGCCGUGGCCAAGCCAUGGCCAUUGCCUACUUCCACCCGCAGAAUCUGAGCCCUGAGGAGCUGGAGGGGCUGAAGGCUUCUUUGGCACAGCACUUCAUGGAGGGGCCAGGCAAGACCAGUGGGGUGACUUGCCUCUACUUCGUGGAGGAGGGACAGCGAAAGACCCCCAGCCAAGAGGGCCUGCCUCUGGAGCAUGUGGCUGGGGACGAGUGCAUCCGCGAGGACCUGCUGGGGCUGACCUUCCGGAUUUCCCCUCACGCCUUCUUCCAGGUGAACACCCCCGCAGCUGAGGUGCUCUACACGCUCAUCCAGGACUGGGCCCAGCUGGACGCAGGGAGCACGGUGCUGGACGUGUGCUGCGGCACCGGCACCAUCGGCCUGGCUCUGGCCCGGAAGGUAAAGAGAGUCGUGGGGAUCGAGCUGUGCCAGGAGGCUGUGGAGGAUGCCCGGGUGAAUGCCCUGGACAACGAGUUGAGCAACGUCGAGUUCCACUGCGGGAGGGCCGAGGACCUGGUACCUGCACUGGUGAGCAGACUGGCGUCCCAGCAGCUCAUGGCCGUCCUGGACCCACCCCGUGCCGGUCUACAUUCCAAAGUGAUCCUGGCUGUCCGCAGAGCUGAGAACCUCAAGCGACUCCUGUAUGUCUCCUGCAACCCCCGGGCAGCCAUGGGCAACUUUGUGGACCUCUGCAGGGCCCCGUCGAACCGGGUGAAGGGCAGUCCCUUCCGGCCAGUCAAGGCUGUGGCCGUGGACCUGUUCCCGCAGACCCCCCACUGUGAGAUGCUCAUCCUGUUUGAGAGAGUAGAGCACCCCGAUGGCGUGGGGGCCCUGGAGCCCCCGAAUCCUCCAGUCCAGCCCCCGCCAGGGCCCCCAGGUGACACCCCACCAGAAACCAGGGCCUCCCCUGCUUCUUAGUUCUCUGGGGCAGCAGAAACCAGCCCUUCCAGAACAGCACCCAGACUGCAUCACGGACAGAAUCCAGGGGCUCCCCAAGUCCUUGCCUUGCCCUGCCUGGCAUACUCAGGCAAUAGCCACAGAGGGUACAAGACCCCUGUCCCCAUGGGCUCCUGUGGCCUGCUCCCCCCUCACCCCCAAAAUGGGCCGCAAGGGCUGGAAUAAACAAGUGCUGAACUACCAA